GGCCCCCGGGAGCGGGUUUGGUCCCAAGGUGACAGCGGGGUCCCUGCGCAUCCCCCCGCUCCCUGCCCCCCGGUUCUGCCCCCAACCCUCGGGGACGCUCCAGGGGACUUGUUUGGCUUUGCCGGCCGCGGGUUUCAUCGCCCUGCCCGGUGGUCACCCCGCAGAUCCGGGUGCGGGGGGAAGGCGAGGGCCGUGCGGGCGCGGAGCUGCUCCGGCUUUGGUUCUCAUCCCUGACCCAGGGGUCACUCAGCACUUCCUUGGCUUUAACAACACCCGAGCCAGCCCUCGGGUCCCACUUUUCUCUGUGCCUUUUGGAAUAGCUCUGCAGUGAAGAUGUCUCACAAUCACAUGAACAGCUCCACGCUGCUGCCCACCCACCCUCCUGAGCAUCAGCACACAACAGCAGCCCCAGGACAUGACCAUGGAUCUGACAUGAUGAUGAUGGCAAUGACUUUCCACUUCAGCUAUCAGAAUGUGCCAUUGCUGUUUUCUGGACUUACAAUCAAUACUCCUGGAGAAAUGGCUGGUGCUUUUGUGGCUGUCUUCUUCCUGGCCAUGUUUUAUGAAGGCCUUAAGAUUGCCCGGGAGUGUCUGCUCAGGAAAUCCCAGGUCAGCAUCCGCUACAACUCCAUGCCAGUGCCAGGCCCCAAUGGCACCAUCCUGAUGGAGACACACAAGACUGUUGGACAGCAGAUGCUGAGCUUCCCUCACCUCCUGCAGACAGUUCUGCACAUCAUUCAAGUCGUGGUCAGUUAUUUCCUCAUGCUGAUCUUCAUGACCUACAACGGGUACCUCUGCAUAGCUGUGGCAGCAGGGGCAGGGACAGGCUAUUUCUUCUUCAGCUGGAAGAAGGCAGUUGUUGUGGAUAUCACUGAGCACUGCCAUUAACACUGCCUGCCACCCAGGAGCCUCUCCACCCCACUGCUCUCUUGAAGUGCAGCCAUCACGAGGACUGGAUCAUUCCUAAGCUGAAAGAGAAACAAUACCAAGGGAAAAAAAAACAAAAAAUCAACUGGAGUUCACCACAAGUUCCAAGCUGGGGUGCAGGGAUGUGAGGAGCUGGGGAAUGCUGCUCCCCCUUGCUGUAGGCUGGCAGCAGGGCUGACUCUGGAGGGUCCCGUGGUAGCCAUUCUUGGCUAGGAUUUGCUUUAUUCUUAGAUUAUGCCAUGAUUGAAAUUAGUUGGCUGACAGAAAUGUAGAAAUUAUUCUUUUAAAAAAGAUAAAUUUAUUUUUAAAUUGUACGUGCUCAUCUCUGAGGGUUUUAUGAACAGUAGCUAAAGAUCAGAGUUGCCAGUGGAGCCUACGUGUGCAAAUGGCUAUUUUAAUUUUAAUUUUUUUUUUUCAAUAUGUUCAUAGUGCCAGGGGAGGAGAUCUCCCUGGCAUUGUGGCUUCUGGGGCCAAUGAUGCCUUCUGUUGCAGAAGGACUCAGCCUCUGAGGAAGACUUGGUGCUGCACAUCAGACACACUCAGAUGUCCUGGCAAGGGAGUACCUGAACAUAAAUAUGUGACCCGUGUGCUUCAAGGGGUCUGAAUCAGUCUGUCCUCCAAGCAUGAUGAGUGUUGUUAACCUUCUGAUGUACCCAGCAGUUUUACUCAGCUUCAAGUGACAACAUUUGGGUCUGGCUGCUUUCACAUCCCAAUCAUGGAAAUACACAGAGUGGAUGCAGGGCAGUUGUGUGUUUAGAGGGCAAAGGAUUUUACAUAAAGCAUUGAACCCACAGUUCCUUCCUGUUGAGUUGCACCUGGAUGGAUCUGGAGCUAAACUUUGGGUUUACUAAAAUUAGUUCUAUAAGUGAGGUGAGAGCUAAAUAAGGAUUUCAUGACACUAAGGGUUAAAAUAUCUCAAGAGGGCAUUCCUUGGUUGAGAGUUAGAAACUAAACCAACCAUGUUCCUGUAAAGGAGAGGUCUGGGGAAGAGAACAAAGCAAGGACAGGACUACAACAGCCUUCAGUCACUUCUCAAGAGAAAUGUGAGAGCUGAUGGGGUUGGGGUGAUGACAUUGAUUUGUAACUUGGAUGACUCCUCUUUGACUGAAUAAUGAUGCUGACCUUGCUAGUGUGGAGGUGCAGAACAGGCACACAGCUCUCUCCAGGGUGCAGAGGGGAUGAGUGGUGCUGCCUGGGAGCAGGAACCUGGGCAGAAGUCUCCCAGGGUUCUAGCAAGUGCCUUCCAGCAGCCUGAGAGAGCCCUGGGCAGCACUCAGGUAGAAACAGGAGCCCAGGCUGGGCUUUGGGGUGUGCAAGGGAAGGUCUGAAGGGCAGGUGGUUAAGGAGAGAAGAUGGAGAACUGUGUCCUCUCUGCUUCCAAACUCCCCAGCACGGGGACACGCAGCUGAGAAAGGGACCUUCCCACUCUGUGUUUCCCUGCCAGCUCUGGCCAAGCUUUUGGUUUAAUAUUGACAAUCCUGAGAUGUCACCUACCUCCCCGUGUCCCAGCCUCUCCCAGCUUCACCAGAUGCCACCAGCUGCUGUGUUGCUGGCCCAGGGUGCUGUUUGCUGUACCCAGCUCAUGGCUUCUGCUGACUGCUGUGGGUGCAGCCCCAGGCUUUCUGCUGGCUCUGUGUGAAGUUGUCCUGAUAACACUAAACUUGCAUGAAGCAGUGCUUGGAGGGAGGACUCUCUAAUGAUGAUGAGCUGAGUAAAUGGAAUUUAUCUGUCAGCACACCUGUAGCACUCUGGGUAUGUGAUGUCCUGCAUCUCUCUGUGCCCUGACACUUGGUGUCCACACCCUGUGCCUCUGGAUUACCAUCUUGGAAGAAGUGCACAAAAUAUCAGGCUGUGUUCAUCAGCUGGCUUCUUGGUUUGCUCUGAGUGCCUUUUCAGUUUGUCUGGAGCCAGUCCCACCAAAUCCAGCAGGAUUUCUAGUUUUGUUUACAGUGGACUGUAAUUUCUUGGUUUUACUCCUGCUCUUUGUGGAGGUAGCUUGUCUGAUGUUACUGUGAAUAUCAUCAAUCUCCUGUAUAUAAUUAACCAAUAAAAAUAGAUGGCAUUUUA